CAGGCACCGUCCAUUGUAGACCUUGCUUUAAUAAUACCGUUGAGAUGGUAAUACGUCGAAAAGCUGGGCAAGUGUAAAAAAUUGUUAGAUAUCAGCUGCGUAGUGGGAAGUUCUUCAUAGUGGGUUGGUGAUGUGAUAAAUAAGUAAUGCAAUGUCAACGCAACGUCUACCUUUACAAAUAUGGACGAUCAAAUGACAUGUAAAAAGUCCCUCAAGUUUUAUUGAAUGAUCAGGCUUGAGGUAAAUGUUCACCUGAAUUGCGACCAUUUUUAACAUUUAAAAUGGCCGAUGAAAAAGUCAUCACUCACCACUACAGCGAAGAAGAGGAAGACGAGGAAUCAGAUGGUGUUGUUGUGCCAGAGUUACAAGGGAUAUUAUCUAAAUGGACGAACUACAUUCAUGGGUGGCAGUCACGUUUUAUUGUGCUAAAAGAUGGGACCCUUUCGUAUUACAAAUCUGAACAAGACAGUGGUUUUGGCUGUCGAGGUUCCAUCAGCCUUUAUAAAGCUAUGAUCAAGGCACAUGAGUUUGAUGAAUGCAGAUUUGACGUAUCUGUUAACGACUGUCUUGUUUGGUAUUUAAGAGCCAAUAGCCCUGAGGAGAAACAACGAUGGGUCGAUGUUUUAAAGUCUUAUAAGGCUGAAUCUGGAUAUGGUAGUGAAAACAGCUUGAAACGUCAUGGCAGUGCAGUUUCCCUCACCUCAAAUACUCAGUCCACAGCCAGUGGUGGAAGUUUCAGUAAACGAGGCCUUCGAGGGCUAAAGGAGAAGCUUGCAGAAAUGGAAACAUUUAAAAAUAUCCUUGUCCAGCAGACUGAUACAUUGCAGAAAUAUUUUGAUAACUGCGCUGAUGGAACAAAAAUUGCACCAGUAAAAGAAGAUGUAGUAGACUUGGCAUUUGAUCCAGCUGAACAGUCAGUGGACUUUAAGGGGGAAGCUAUUACGUUUAAAGCUACUAGUGAAGGAGUCCUAGCAACUCUUCAACAUUGCCUAGAGCUGAUGACACAGAGAGAGGAUGCGUGGCGUCGAAGAUGGGAGAGAGAAGUUGAGAAACGAAGGAAAGUUGAAGAGCUCUACUACAAAGCUGUGAAGGAACAGGUUCAGGCAUCCCGAGAAGAUUUCUCAAGGCCCCGCGUACUUAUACAUGGAGGACCCGAUUAUGAGGAAGGUCCUCAUAGUACGUUGUGUGACGAGGAAUUUUACGAUGCUGUGGAAACAGGCUUGGACAAAAUUGAUGAAGAGAAUCAAUUGCGAGAUAGGUUGAAACAGAAAGUAGUCUCCAUUCCUACUAGCCCAACGACUCCAGCUGCAAAGCACAGACUUUGGCCAGAGAUCGACAAAGUAUCUACCGAACAAUUGCAUUACGCAAGACUUGGGAUUGGAGGAGCUGGUGGUUGGCAGUUGUUUGCUGAGGAUGGAGAUAUGCGUAUGUACAGACGCGAGGAGGAGGCAGAUGGUCUUGUUGUGGACCCCCUAAAGGCUUGCCAUGUCGUGAAAGGAGUAACCGGGCACGAAGUUUGCAACAUAUUCUUCAGUCCGGAAUACAGGAGUGGGUGGGAAGCAACCUUGGAAGAUAUGACGGUAGUUGAAAAAAUUUCCGAAGAUACCUUAGUCUUCUUACAAACGCACAAACGGAUAUGGCCGGCCAGUCAAAGAGAUGCUCUAUUCUGGUCACAUAUGCGGAGAGUUUCUGAUGACCAGGAUCCAGAUGCACUGGAUUUAUGGAUCGUUUGUAAUCACAGCACUGAAUACAGUGAAUACCCACCAAAUUCAGGAAAGUGUGUUCGAGUUUACCUGACGGUUUGUUUAGUUUGCCAAACGUUUAUAGACCCACCAAAAGAAGAUAAUGCGAUCACUCGGGACGAUAUCACGUGUAAGAUCACCUACUGUUCUGUUGUUAACCCCGGUGGUUGGGCUCCAGCAUCGGUACUUCGAGCGGUUUACAAACGAGAGUACCCGAAAUUCUUGAAGCGAUUCACUAGUUACUGUAUCGACCAAUGUAAAAACAAGCCAAUCAUCUUUUGAGCCACUGACCCGGUGAAAGUUUGAAUUAUUUUCCAUCAGCCUGGAUGUGAUACGACCAUAAUUGAAUAAACAAAAAUUAACAAUUCUAAUUAAAAAUAAACUUAAGAUCCUUCCGAUUUGUACAUCUAAAAUAAAAGAAAAAACUUAAACGAAAAAAAACCCGGUAAAAACAAAGUGUGGUUCAUGUUAAUCAAACAUCUUACUACUGGCAAUGGCUAAUUAUUACUUUGCUACUAAAUGCAAAUGGUACCAAAAUUUAUAACUCUGCGUGAUAACUACACAACGCAAGUAAGUCGAAUUCUCUGUUAAGAUCCAUUUUUAUGUUAUAAACGAUUCAAUUUUGAUUUUUCAUUUCAAUAUUAAUUCCUAUUUUUUUAUCAAUUCCUAUUUUUCUUUCAUUUUCUAAAUAUCGUACAUGCAUUUGAUUUGAUUUAAAGGUUUGUGCUCUGUACGUUACAUCAUUUGAACAGUCACAAACCUUUUAGUUUCAAAUUAUAAGGUAUAAGAGAAUAAACUUUGAAAACCUCUGGGUGUUUGAGAAGACGUCGAGUUCGCACAAGCUAUUCUGUGGUCUUAACAUUUAUUAUUUCUUCUUACUCUGCCCAGUGGUACGGAGUAGCUGUCAAAGUUCGCGUUUUCCAUCUUAUUGAUUUUUUUAAACCUGAUACAUUGUACUAAACGGUCUUAGUGAACUUUUAUUUUUGGGGCUAGUACAUAAGAAAAGCUUCACAGGGCUGAAAAAAAAUAUAAUAUCGUUUUGUGCAGAAAGUAACUCAAAUAAUUUUGAGGCAAGGGAAGAAAAAUGAAAUCCCUGCGAGAAGUAAAAGAAAGCUCAAUCAAAAAUGACAAUUUGCUUCCCUUAAUUUAACCCUUCUUAUGCAUUAUUUGAGAAUUUCUCAUCAAGUACCGUAUCCAUACUUAUUAACCAAACUUAGAUAUUGUCCAAUUGUACAAAUUUAAACUCACAAACACAAUUAAUAAUUAUUGACAACUAUUAAUUAUAAUCAAAUCAUUGAUGAAAUCUAGCAGAAGAAAUGUAUGUCAGUAAAAGUGAUCAUAUUUUCAUUUAUGUACUACAUGUAAAGAAAUGGUAAUAAUAAUAAUGAUGAUAUUGAUGAAGUGUAUUUGUUGAUGCGUACAAGAGAAUAUGAAAAUGAAUUAUUAUGAAAAAUAACAAUAUGAUUGAUUAAAGACUGUUAUGGUAUAAAUAUUAAAAUGAUUGAAAAGAAA